AUGGAUGUGCCAAACCAGGACCGUAUUAGCGCAGACCAGAGGCGCACACGUGUAGCCUGUCGCCGGUGUAACUCGAAGAAGAUCAAGUGCAACGCACAGGAAGGGAUUCCCUGCAAGGGGUGCCUGUCGACGAAUACAACCUGCGUCCCGAUCGAAUCACAGCGGGGGCGGUAUGUUCGCAAACGGCCUCGGACAACUGCACGGAACGCCAGGCAAUCACACCACCUCUCUCGGCAGGGGUCAGACAAUCCACGCGCCGACGAAACACCGCCCCCUCUCAUCGGCAGCAGCGGUAUGAUAGCCCCUCCGCCGGACACACCUCUCUCUGCGGACGGGGCGUCUAGUACUUCUCGGCAAACACCCGAGGGAUCAGAUCGUGACAGUGACCGCCGGUUUUAUUUGCAAAUCGCAGAUCAAGGCGUCAAUUCAACCCCUCAGCCUAUCUCGAGUGAAAAGGGCACACUGUUCCUUGGUGAAUCCUUCAGCUUAACAUAUGUGGUUCACGAUGUGUUGGCACCAUUUCUCAGCACCGAGUGCGCACCAAACUACCGCAGACGGCUUCAUUUUCCGACCAACGAGGAGUUCGACUCAUCCAUUCAGGGACAAAUAAACAUCAUUGAAGCGCAGGAAAAACUGCUUCGGGAUAGAGAUCUUCUGUUUCAGCCUGCUCGGAGAGCCUUGUGUCAGCUACUCGACGCGUACUUCAAGUGGUUUCACCCGGCGUUCCCCGUGCUCGAGAAGGUCAAAUUUCUGCAGCAAUCUAGUGGAAAGAGCUCGUCCCUACUGGUCCUCAAUGCGGUGCUCAUGAUUGCCGUUACAGUCUGUGACGAAGCGGACUUGGCCCUUCUGGGUGUGCACGGGCGCUACAAAGCACGCGAGCUGUUUUACAACCAGGCCCGGGCGUUGUAUGAGAGCGACUCAGACCCUGACAAACUGAACAACGUGGUGGCUACGUUCUUGAUCAGUUUCUGGUGGGGCGGUCCCAAUGAUCAAAAGGACUCCUGGCAUUGGCUGGGUAUUGCAAUCAGCUCAGCUCAAAAUUUGGGGAUGCAUCGCUCGACGUCCAAGUCUCACAUGUCCACUCAACGAGUACGAAUGUGGAGGCGCAUAUGGUGGUGCUUACGGAUAAGGGAUGUCCUGGUCAGUAGUUCGAUUGGGCGCCCGCAGCACUUUUCGGUGCGUGAUUGUGAUGUAGAGCUGCUCUCGCCGCAUGACCUGGAAGACGAGUUCCAAAGUGAGCCCGAGAUGCAUUACGCUUGCCAGAUGGCACGUCUCUCAACCAUCUUUAGCAGGAUCGUUUCAUCGCGAUAUGCUGCAGUCAAAGCAGAUAACCCGGCCCAAGAAAAGGCUCAACUUGAGAACGAUCUUGAUGACUUUCGGGUGCAUGUUCCCCAACUUUUAAGAUACACUGGAAUUGGUGAAGAUGGGCGAACCUCUCUGUGGGCUGCCAUGCUACUGAUGGCAUACAACUUCGGCGUCAUUCUGCUGUGUCGGCCCCCACAUAGUAACGGUUCAGGCAUGUCUCAAUCCUGGGGCAACCACGCUAAAGCCUUGGCCGCGGCGAAUGAAGUGACGCGGGCGAUAGAAGACAUACUCUCUCUUUCUAUGGGCCGCGUGUGCCAAAUUCACACGAUCCCAGCACUUUUUAACUCUCUCGCCAUCCACGUAUUUACGAUCCUUACCUCGCGCUCUAUCGGCCGACAGCUCGCCGAAAACCGAGCACGCACCUGUAUGCUCGGUCUAACGUCUCUUCAAGAAUCCUGGCCGGUGAGCGGGUGGAUCUUGCGCCUUUUCGACUAUAUCAUGGAACGCUUGAAAUUCACGUCCAAGCAGCACCCCACCGUCCCCACUACCUUGGGGCAAGGAGGUCUGUUGAGCACGACCACAAGGACCCGGCUCAGGCACAAUUUGCACCAGCGCCCAUCCGCUCAGCAAGCCGAUGCGCCCGGUUCAAACAACCCGCGCCACGCGCAUGAAAUUGGAACACCAUCAAAUUACCAACGCACGGUGGUCCAUCCGACAGCUACCAGAAACGUGUUCGAGGAUCCGGAGGCGCUGCCUGAGAUGAUGUUGCCGGAUUUGUUUGUUCCAGAUGAGUAUUACGAGGGCGGCCUGGGAGGGGGGCAGGUGGACUUCUUUGACUUGUUAAGGGUUCCAGACUGGGAUAAUAUGGAGCUGGAGGCGCCGCACAACUUCUAUCUAUAA